AUGAAUCACCCUCUCGGUAUAUACAUCGAGUAUAUCAGUGUCGUGAUAACCGCUGCACUGUGGGGUUUGACCUGCGUCCAAACUUUCCAAUAUUUUGUUUAUCACCACCGUCGUGAUCACCCUUCACUCAAGCUACUGGUUAUCUUCCUUUGGAUUGUUGACACGCUACACACGGCGUUCCUGAGCCACGGAUUUUGGAGAGUCAUAGACAACAACGUUUCUCCAGUUACCAUUGAAGUCUGGUACCUAGUAUACAUCAAUUCCUACGGCAGUUCGUUGCCUCCACUACGCAGCUCUUUUUCACGUGGAGAAUUUGGCGAUUCUGCUCUGAAUCCCGUUGGAGACCCGCUAUCCUGCUAUUCGUUCCGGCUUCUUUCUAUACCCUUCCUGCAACAAUCGCCUUUAGUGAUCGUCUGCCAGGAUCCAGGGUCGACGAUGUCCUCAGUAACGAAACUCCUUGAAUCAGUAUGGGCGAUUAGCGCCGCAGUAGAUAUACUAAUAUCUGCUUCCCUUCUCUCGAUACUAUGGAUAGGAAGAAAGGACGCAUUAAGAAGCACAACCCAGAUACUCCACCGCCUCUCCAUUCUUAUUGUGAAUACGGGUUUGUGGACCUCCUUGGUGACACUAUUGACUCUCCUCGGCCUUGUAAUCUGGGAAGAGCAGGAUAUUUACGCUGCCCUUUCCUUCAUCACGUGUCCCUUGUACUGUAACACUCUUCUCGCUAACCUGAAUACGCGCGAUUACAUUCGACAAGGGAUUUUCCCGAGCAACAAGGGAGCCGGGACAACGUCUGUCCUUCAGCUUGACACUCAUACUACGAGUCGCUGCGAAUCGAUUCCUCUAAAUGACCAGUUUGCCUCUCGCAAAUUUGGCAACGCCUCAGACGGUCUAGUGUAG